UCCCCCACCCCCACCCCCUUUCUGCUUAUUCUGUGCUUUCGUUUGGGAUCAACAUCCUUGACGGCCAGCCCCCUUCACUGUGUCCUAAAAGGAACCUAGGAUAUCCCUAAUAGGACAGAAUGCAUUCAUUCUUAGAGUAGUAAUAAGAUCAAAAUUCAGUACCCUUUAUCCUCCAAGGGUUUAAUGUAAUUUUGAAACGACACUUAUGGAAAUCAAGUACCGUUGUAAAUGGGAAUAUAGCUAACCUUCCACAUAGAAGAGAACGUAAGAGAAGGCCUAUUUUCUGUAGACUGGGAUAUGGAGGAAGGAGAGGAGGGUCCUUUGUCUGCCUUGGUGUUCCUGUGGGUGCUGACCAUGUUUUUCCUGAACGAGGAGACUCUAGGGUAUCUGGGAGUUUAGAAGAGUUCUUGUAAGUGUGCACCGGCCUCGACUUGACUAGAGACCAAGGAAUGUGUAUCAUUUCUUCUGGACAGACCAAUUCUGAUGCUAUUUGUCCUGACCCCGAAAUGGCCUCUUCUGUCACCUUUCCACUCCUGUGAGUGCAGUUCCCUCUUCCUUUCUUGAUGACUGGAGUCCGCAUGCCUCCAUCUUAUCAGCUGCUCCUAAGAAAAGGGAGUAAAGAAGGUGAACUAAUCCAGGGAAAGGAGCUAGUAAACAAAGAAUGUCAGAAGACAGAGAACAGAAGAAGGAAGGCAUUCCUAAAGAAGCUAUGAGCAAAGAAGACACGUCUUCAUUAACAGAUGUUGUAGAGCAAGUUGCAAAACAACAACAAUCACAAACAUCUGAAAUAGAAAAACAUAAAAGAGUUCUGUUCCAUUUGCAGAUUGAACUUCAUGAUCUUGAAAAACAAAUAGCAGCUAUUGCUGCAGAAGCCAAAGAAACAGAGAAGCAAAUGCACCAGCAAGAUGCUGCCAUGGAGAAUUCCAGACUUCAUUGUGGACUCUUGGAAGCUCAAAUUGAGUCCUUAUAUUCAGAAAGUGUAAAGCUGAAAUUUGAUACAGAAGCAGCCCAAGAACAAUUUGAGGAACAAAUGAUAAAAUAUAAUGCAUAUUAUGCAAAAAUAAAAGCCUAUAAAGAUAGUUUAGUAGAGACAGAAAGCAAAUGCUCAUUUAUGACUGAACUCUAUGAAAAACGAGAGCUCAUCAAAAACUUAAAGACAAUGAAAGAAGAUCUUAGGGAAGAUCUCCAAAAUCCACAAGGAAGAUAUGCAACACAAAUACAGGAAGACAUUUCAAAGCUAACGAAUAAAAUUAUGACAAUAAAAGAUUCAAUCAUUGAGAAAACAUAUUUCAUUGAAGAAGAGAAAAAGACACAUGAAAGACUAAGAAAAGAAAUAGAGGUACAACAUAAGAGAUAUGAUGCAAUUCUUAAGCGUUUGCAUUGCCAGGUGAACAAGAUUCAGUUAAACAGGAGGAAAUGGCAAUGGAACAUCCAACAACUGGAAAAAACUGCAGCUGAGUUAAAAAAGCGCCUCGGAGUGAAAGAAGCCCAGGAAAUACAGAAGAGACCAACAGCAUCGUGGGAAAGAAUACUGUGAAGACCCUUUGGGCUCCUGAGAGCCAGCACCCAGUGGCAGAGGCCUGUCUCAAUGACCGAUAUUUUCUUUUUCUUUUUCCUCCUCCUCUUCCUUCUCUUUGUUUCAGUCGCGUAUCUACUGGUUAAAGUGCCUCCUAUCUACAGUGCACGGUAGAAAAUAGCAGUGCUUACAGGAAGCUAGCCGAAGAGUGUGUGUGCAUUCAGAUUUCCUUACACUCCUGAAUGCCUCCGUAUAAUAAUGUUGAAUUCACUACCCUACAAAGUGAAAAUUUAGAAGAAACAAUUGGGUUUCCAAGGACUUCAAUUGCUGAAGUAUCUAAAAAAUAGUUGUCUGUUUCAAACUUUUUAUUAGAUUUUUUUACAACUGUCUUUGCAAUAGCCCAUGAAUAUUAAUAUUCAUGAUAAUAUCAUUAUAUGUUUAAUGCAUCAACUAUUUUAUUGUUUCCUCUUUUCUCCAGGAGGUAGCAAUCAUUUUCCUUUGUUUUUAAAUAAUAUAUUUUAGAGUGUUACAAUACAUAAAAUUUGUGUUUACUCUUCAGUCUAUAAAUUCUUUAUUCCUAUAUUGUGACUAAAAUAAAAUUAUAGCAUCAUAUAAGGCAGACAUACAAUAAAACUCUUCAAAGAGAUAUUUUUCCACAUUGAAAGGCAAAUUUUUUGUCAAUGGCAAUAAAUUGAAUGUAAAAACACCUCUGAAGAUAAAAUUGCUCUCUUUAAUGCUCUAUUGAUCACAACUACAGAGAAGCAAAAAUAAAUAUUAAUUACUGAAGACACAGUUUUAAAAUAUUCACUUGUGGGAUUACAUAAUUUCAAAGAAGCAACAUUGAAAAGAUAUUCUGAAUUCAUUUCUCACCUUUCUGUGUGCCUAACAUUCAGUAAGUAUAUAGCUAAUAGAAAACCUGAUAUUAGCAAUCUCAUUAUGCCUGGUGUUAAGAGUCUUAGCACAGUUCAGAAUGGUUUACUACAGUUAACACUUCACAUGGCUGGGCCUGUAACAUAAUCAGCUUUGCUCCCAGACUCAGAAGUGCUACUACAGAUAGAAAGGGUUAAACUUACAGACUGCUCAGCUUGAGACAAGGUUGAACUAGAUGCUGCAUGUCUAGAUAUGUGUUAGCACAAUAUGCACGUUCAAAGCUCUGGUUUCCUCAUCUCCCUUUAAGUUUAUAAUUGUGAUCACUAACAGCUUUAGUUAUUGUGAAAGGACAGAUACUGGCAGAAGGUGCUGCUAAGGAACCCCGAGUCAAGACAGUCCAAGGCUGCAGAGUAUGCUUUAUUGAGGAUUGUUAGAGGUUCUUUUCCUAUCGCCCUGAUAAAAUAUCCUGACAAAAGUAACUUACAGGAGAAAAGGCUAAUUUUAGUUUAUAGUUCCAGGUUAAAGUUCAUCUUGGCAAUGAAGUCAGGGCAUCAGGAGCUUAGUACAGCUGACUGCAUUACUUCCACAAUCAGAAGAACAGCAAAUAUAUGCACUGGAGUGUUCUGUUUACAGGAUGCCCAGCCCAGGGAAUGGGCUCACCCACGGUAGGAAGGUCUUCCCACCUUUAAUCAAGAUAAUCACCCAGAUGCUCAUAGGUCCAUCUUUCAGAUGAUUCUAACUUGUUAAGCAGGCAGUUAACCCUAACCAUCACAAGGAAUUAGACCAGAAGCGUAGUCAAGAGUGGCUACACGCCCAGUGAAUCCCCAUGACUUGGGUCCCAGGGGAGAGCAUUUAAAAGAGUGACUUGCUUCUAAGCUUCUAAGCCACAGUGCACCUGGUUUUAUCUCAAGCUGACGUCAACAUCAGCAUAUUCCUGCUGCUGAAGGUGCAUAUCUAGUCUUAUAGCUGCACAUAGCACCCUUAGGUUAUGUUUAUUUAUAUAUGCUUGGACACUAUGCAAAGGAGUAAGGAGUCCAACCAGGGCUUCUUGAGACAACCAUAAUGAUUAUAAUUCAAGACCUGAAGUCUAGUCAAACUAGAGUCCUCCGGUUAUGCAUUUGAAGCUUCCUUUUUAAAUGAUACGAAGCAAAUAAAGCUACUUGAGAUGAGGAGUUGUAGUUGAGAAAACAAUGAUUUUUUUAUAAUGAUGCAUGCAUUUAGUUUCCAUUUUAUGAUAGUUAUGUGAAAGAUAUAUUGUUCUUUUUAAUCAUUAAAAUGAUUUCAGAUAAUGGAGGCUUUCAUAGUAAUCAAGAAGAAAUAGUAACUGGGUAUGGUAGCUCAGGCCUGUGGUCCCAGAGCUAAGAUAGGCUUGAGGCAGGGGAGGUACAGGAGGAGUUUCAGGCCAUUCUGAGCUUCAGUGUGGGUCUUGAUUUCAAAUGAACAAACAAACUAACUAAAGAACUGACUCUGCUGGAUGAAUUUUUUUUUCAACUCAACACAAGCUAAGAUCAUCUAGGAAGAGGAAAAUUCAGUUGAGAAAACGCUUCCCUCAAAUUGCCCUGUAGGCAAGCCUGUGCAUCAUUCUCUUGAUUAAUAAUUGGUGUAGGAGAGUUGAGCCCACAGUGGGCAGUUCCACCCCUGGGUAGCUAGUCCUGGGUUCUAUAAGAAAGCUGGCUAAGCAGGCCAUGGAGAGCAAGCCCGUAAGCAGUGUCCCUCCAUGGCUUUUGCUUCACUUCCUGUCUCCAGGUCUCCACCUUGAGUUUCUGCCCUAACUGCCCUGCAUGAUGUAAGAUGAAAUAAACCCAAGUUUAUUUUGGUUUUUCCCAAGUUGCUUUUGGUUAUGCUGUUUAUUACAGCAAUAGGAAGCAAGCUAGAACACCAACCAAGCUCAAAUAUCCCUAAAAUUUGAAAUAUAAGAAAACUGGUAUUUCAACACAUUAAUAAAGUGUUAAGUUAGAGAAUUGUGUGAUUUUUAUUUCUAUAUAACACAUAUAGAACUACCGUUCUAUAUUAGGCUAUUCUCUGUUACUGUAACAAAAUGCCUGAUCUGGGUACUUCUAAAGAAAGGAAAUUCAUUCAAUUUUCACAAUAUUGGUAGCUGAAAGUCCAAACAGCACAGCUCCUGCCCUGGCUGUGGAUUCCUUACAGUAUCCCCUCAUGGUGGGUCGCAUCAUGGUGGGGACACAUACAGAAUGACAGAUCACAUUGUCAAAUAUCAGGUCAAGGAGCUGCUGAGGAUUAGAGUCCCAGGAGAACUGUGUUGAUCUCUUCUGAGGGCAUAUCACUGAAGAGGCAAGGGCCUACCACUAGGCCUUGUCUCUUAAAGCCUGCACCACCUCAGCAUCACCACAGUGAGGACCACGCGCAACACAUGAGCUCUUGGGGGACAUAUUCAAGUCCUAGCCAAACUAACUGUGACAAUGUCUUUCUCACAAAGACUUCGCUUUCAAAUUCUUUGGGAUAAACCCAUAGUUAUUUUCUUCUCUUUAGAAGUGCUCCAAGUUCCUGGGGGGGGGCAUACAUUGUUUUGUCAGUAGGGGUGGGUCAUACCCCUAGGUCAAGUGCCAUUGUCUGACCUCUCUGACCUCUGCAGAAAUGUCAUCUACUCCAACUGGUCUCAAACACCAUCUUCUGGCUGUGCUGUACCUGCAGUUGCUUACUGUAGUCAUGGUCAAGGAAAAUGUUCUGUUUUUGACCAUGGCUCUUUUAGUCACUUGACUAGUUGUGUGAUUUUCCAAAACACUACCUAUAUGUCCAAUCACCAAGCCUUUUCUCAUCUAUUCAAUUCUGUCAUUGGAUGUGCUUGCCAACUUUUAACUGACUGCUUUGUUAUUCUGUCCACGUACUCUUCUCCUCUGAUCUCUGCUCUAAACCGAGGGUUCUGUAGUUCUCCUUGCUUUGGGUGACUCAGCAGAUUUUCUCUCUCUCUAAAGCCACAAUCUUCUACAGCUAUGAUUUAUAGAUACUUCUGUUGUGGACUUUAAAAAUCCCAAUAUGAAACUCAAAACUAGUAUGAGAGCUCUUGGUUCUCAGCAGCAUGUGCCCUGAGCCUGCUAGGUGAUACCACCUAAAUUAUCAGAACCAGGUAAUAAAUGCAAAGAAACAGUGGGAAGAAAAAACCUGCAACCACUACCUCACAAAUUAACUCACAAUAUAUACACUGCGUGGGUGAAUUAGAGCUAACCAAUGUGAAGAGACUGGAAUUUUCUUGAAAGCCCUAUUUUAAUAAUAAUGGAGGUUCCAGAUUACAUGUUAUUAAAGCCAGCCAUGACAGUGUUAAGAUGCUCUCAUGGCCAAUAUGAAUAACUUGUACAUACUAUCUUAAGACCAGAUCUCUUCCAGGCUAUUGGCUAGUGGUGCUAUUUUCCAAAACAUUGUGUAUAUGAAACAACAAUAAGCAACAGCAAUGUGCUGAGUGAACAUUUACCUAAUUUGGCAAAUGGCAUACAUUAUCUCUUUUAGUUCUCAGAAUGAGGUUUAAGGUAGCUUUUAUUAUCUCUGAUUUGUAGGUGGGCAAAUGCAGGCUUAAACAAGACUUGCCCAAGAUAUCGUUGCACAACUCAGCAGGGGCAUAGUUGAAGAUCAAACUCCUAGUGUAUCUGCCUGACAGCACAAGGAAAUGAUUCUAAAAGUAAAUUCAACUUAACUACAAUAAGCAAUAAUAUUUUUGUCUGUAUCAUUGUGAUAGACUAUAGGCAUCAAAUAAAUUUGACCAAAGAAAGAAAAUUGAUAGUUAAAACUGAGCAGCACUGAAAAGCACAAGUAACAUUCCAUGAGGGUCAGCACCUGAAAACCAUUUUGGUUAAGGAAAAUGGAAUUUGCUUUGUAGACAUUGUCUUGAUGUAGAUGUAACCAUCUUAAUUAAAUAAGAAACACAGAGCCAAAUACAGAGUUAAAAGCCCAAGAAGUCAGAGAAGUAGCUGAGAGCUGAGACUUAAAACUGCCUUCUUACCCUUCCUGGCACUGCUGUCCUUCCCCUCAGCAAGAGACCUACUUCCCGUGUAUCUGUCUUUUUAUUGACUUUCUGUUCUGCCUUCUCAUUGGUUGUAAGCCCAACCACAUGACCUCCUCAUCACUGCCUGUCUGUACAGACCUCCAGGUCUUCUAUGGUUGGUAUUGAGAUUAAAGGCAUGUGUCUCCAUGCUGGCUGUAUUCUUGAACACACAGAGAUCUGUCUGUCAUGUGAUUUGGAUUAAAGGCGUGCGCCCCCACCGCCCGGCUUCUGCUAUGGCUUGCUAUUAGCUUUGACCCCCCCAGGCAACUUUAUUUAUUAACAUACAAAUAAAAUCACAUUUCAGUACAAAUAAAAUAUCACCAUAUCUUGAAACCUUUUAAAGUUCACACAGGAGAUGCCACUGAGACCUUCAUCACCUUAAACCAACACAGAAUUCACUGUCUGCCUAUAAAAGUUGCAAAAGGCUCAUGCUAGUACAGUUUAGGACUAGCAGACUGGUAGUCUGUGAUUCAGGAGCGUGUGUAAAUUGGAUUAGCUACUUGCUCAUUUUUCAGUUGCUCAUUCAGUAUUGUAAAUAUUUUAUUUUUCAUUAACCAAGCUAAUGAUUAGCAAAGCUAAUGAUCAGAAACUAAAUGUCACGUGCCUGUCACAAAUAACCCAUGUUAUUUGAAUAUAUAAUGCAUUUCUGGCAGCACCAUUUUUGUCCUUUGCUGAUAAAUUGGGCAAUGUCAAAUAAAAUCAGGUUUUCUAUUUCGAAUUAGC